AUGUCCGAAGAAGCCUCCAUGUGGGCGCAAGCCACCGACACCAAAUCCACCCCGUUCUCAUCCCCAAACCUCCACGUCGAAAACCUCCCGCUUCCGCCCUCCUUUACCUGGGGCGCCGCAACAGCCGCAUACCAAGUCGAAGGCGCGCAUGACAAAGACGGCAAGGGCCCCUCGAUCUGGGACACAUACUCCCACCUAACACCCUCGCGAACGAAUGGCGCAAACGCGGAUGUAACAUGCGACCAGUACCACCGCUUCGAAGAGGAUAUACAGCUCAUGAAAGAAUUGGGCAUGGAGACGUAUCGGUUUUCGAUUUCCUGGUCGAGGGUUAUCCCGCUUGGUAGGAGGGGUGAUCCGGUGAAUGAGGCCGGGAUUGCGUUCUACAAUCGGCUGAUUGAUGCCCUGCUCCAAGUUGGGAUCCGGCCGUCUGUUACGCUGUAUCACUGGGAUGUUCCGCAGGCGCUGUAUAAUCGGUACGGCGCGUUCCUAAACACAGCCGAGUUCCGCGCGGAUUUCGAGCGAUACGCCCGUCUUUGCUUUUCCCGGUUCGGAGACAGAGUGAAGGAGUGGGUGACCUUCAACGAGCCGUAUAUCAUUUCGAUCUUUGGGCAUCUGAAUGGAAGUCUGGCCCCCGGGCAUUGUGCGGAACAGGGAACAGAUACGGUGAAUGAGCCGUGGCGUGUAGGACAUACGAUUAUCCUCUCGCAUGCGAGUGUUGUCAAGAUCUACAAGGAGGAAUUCUUCCCGGAGCAAAAGGGGGAGAUAUCGAUUGUGUUGAAUGGGCAUUUCUACGAGCCGUGGGAUACGGGGAGUGAGGUGCAUGUUGAGGCUGCGCGUGUGCGGCUUGAAUUCUACAUUGCGUGGUUUGCGGAUCCGGUGUACUUGGGGACAGACUAUCCGGCCGUUAUGCGAGAGUAUCUUGGGGAGCGGCUGCCGAGCUUUACGGAGGAGGAGCUUGAGCUUUUGCGGGCGACGCGUGAUAUCAAUACCUUCUAUGGGAUGAAUCACUAUUCCACGAAAUUCGCUCGACAGCUUACAGACCCGCCGGCUGCUGACGACUGGACUCGGAAUAUCGAGGAAUCGUCGGUGAAUAGUGCUGGUGAGGAGAUUGGGCCGGCUUCGAGCAUGCCCUGGUUGCGUGUGGCACCGGAAGGGUUCAGGAAACUGCUCAGCUGGAUCUGGGACCGCUAUCAUGUUCCAAUCGUGGUCACCGAGAAUGGGUGUCCGUGUCCCGGGGAGGAGGAUGUCAAUAUAGCGAUCGAUGAUCAGUUCCGACAGCGGUAUCUGGGUCUCUAUCUGGAUUCCAUCUCGAGGGCGAUAUCCGAAGAUGGAGUCAAGGUUGUUGGUUAUUACGCGUGGUCGUUGAUGGAUAACUUUGAAUGGUCUUCCGGUUACGGGCCGCGCUAUGGACUCGUCCAUGUGGACUUUGAGACCCUUAAGAGGACCCCAAAAAACUCGGCUUAUUACCUCAAGGAGACGUUCCAGGAAAGGAGGAAGAAGGCAUAG